AUGAAGCAUAUAAAUAAAGUUUGAAAAUUUACUAUUCAUUUAUAAGAGAAAGAGCAAUCCGUUUAAAUCAGCAAAGCAUAGAGAUGAUUUUCUUUUUUAUAAGUUCCUAAAUGAAGAGAACUUUAGCUAGACCUUUCUUUAAUAAUAUUUCAAGAGAAUAUCAUAUGAAGGCAUUUUAGUUUUAGGAUAGCAGUUUACCUUGAUAAAAUAUUGA